CCUCCUGGGUGCCCGCUUCUCCCGGCCCUGCGGCCCCGGCUUGCCCUUUAAAAGAGCGGGGCCUGCGCCAACCGCGCCACACCGCGGGGACCGGGAAGCACAGCUGCUUUCCCUGAGCAUCUUCAACUCGCCUUCCGGCCGCAUCUCAAACCAGUCCUGUCGCCGUCCUCUUCUGGCAGAGUCGAGCGAGCAGGGCCAUGCAGCCCGCAGCACUUCUCGGCCUCCUGGGAGCGGUGCUGGUGGCCGCAGUCAGUUCUAUUCCAGUGGAUAACAAGAACCACAAUGAAGAAAUGGUGACUCGCUGCAUCAUUGAGGUCCUCUCAAACGCUCUGUUGGAGGCCAACGCCCCGCCCGUCACCCCAGGGUGCCGCCAAGUCCUGAAGAAGAGUGGAAAAGAGGUCAAAGAUGAAGAGAAAAGUGAAAAUGAAAACACAAGGUUUGAAGUAAGAUUGUUAAGAGGCCCAGCGGAUGGCUCGGAAGCCCCCAGGCCCUCCGGUAGGGAGGAGGCAGGAGCCCUGGAGGAGGACCCCCGAGGCCUGACCAUGGCAGACACAGAGGGGGGCGAGCCCCGGGGGAGCCUCUACGCCUCUGACAGCCGAGUCGCCAAAGGAGCAAAGGCAGCCAGGUCUGAGGAGCGUGAGGGGGAGGACAGGGAGGACGAAGAAGGAGGGAGAUACCAGGAAAGGGCGCGCUGGGAAGACGGCAGGGAAGAGAAACAACUGGAGGAGCCCGGAGAGACACAAAAUCCAUUUUUCAACAAAAGAAACCAGGCUACAACUAAGAAAACAGAGGGGUUAGUAUCCAGGUACGAUUUACAAUCUGCUGGGCCCCCUGAGGAGAAGACACACAGCCGGGAGAGGAGCAGCCAGGAGAGUGAAGAGGACACCAGGAGCCGGGAGGACCAUCCCCAGGGGUCUAAAAGCCAGUCUGGGAGCCGGGAAGAAUCCGAGGGAAGUGAGGAAGACGCCAGCCCGGAGGUGGACAAACGGCGCUUGAGGCCAAGACACCACCACGGGAGGACCAGGCCUGACAGGUCCUCUCAGGAAGGGAGACCUCCCUCCGAGGAAAGGGGGCAGCCCCGAGAGCAGCCUGAGGACUCCCACGUGGGCACCGACGGCUUCGGGGAGGAGAGGGACCGCCGUCCAGCCCACCACGGGGCUUCAGAGGAAGAACCUGAAUACGGGGAGGAAGUAAGGGGCUACCCACCCGUCCAGGCUCCCGAGGACCCGGAGGGGGGACGGCAUGGUGGCAGGGGAAGUGAGGAGUUCGGGGCUCCGAGGCCUCCCGGUGACGAGAGCCAGGAGGAGGAGAGCAGGAGAAACCACCCCAGCCCAGGGCUUGACAGCAUGGCGCACGGGUACAGUGAGGCAAGUGAGGAAGAGAGGGGCCGUGAGGGGGCACGCCACCACAGAGCCAGGGCAGGGCAGCCAGGGGCCCCCUCCAGUCCAGACAGCAAAGAGGAGAAGAGGUUCUUGGGUGAGGGAUACCGCCGCGUUCACGGAAGCCAGGCAGAGAGGGCGAGGAGGCGUCCACAAGGCGAGUGGGAAGACCAGGACAAAAAUUACCUCGACUAUGGUGAGGAAAAGGGUGAGGAAGGGGCCCGCGGGAACUGGCAGCCGCAGGAGGAGCUUCAAGACACCAAAGAGAAGAGGGAGGAGGUGAGGCUUCCAGGCCAACACCACGCUCCCCAGCAUACCACUGAACAGAGGAAGAGAUUAGGGGAGCUGCUCAGCCCAUACUACGACCCUCCCCAGUGGAAGAGCAGCCAUUUUGAGAGAAAAAACAACUUGGAUGACAAUUUCCCUGAGGGUGAAGAGGAAAAUGGGCUGGCCUUGAAUGAGAAGAAUUUCUUCCCGGAAUACAGCUAUGACUGGUGGGAGAAGAGGCCCUUCGAGGAGGAGGUGAACUGGGGAUACGAGAAGAGAAACCUCGCCCCCAAACUGGACCUGAAAAGGCAGUAUGACAGAGUGGCCGAACUGGACCAGCUCCUUCACUACAGGAAGAAGUCGGCCGAAUUCCCAGGCUUCUCCGCCUCUGAGGAGCACACGAGCCCACGCCAUGCAGCAGAGAAUGGAAAGGACAGGGCUGGCCAGGCAGUCCUAACAGAGGAGGAGGAAAAAGAGCUGGAAAAUUUGGCUGCCAUGGAUUUGGAACUACAGAAAAUAGCUGAGAAGUUCAGUGGUAACUGAAGAGGCUGAUGGUCGUUGGGGCAAAGGGCAGUUUGAAGAAGCAGCUGUUAUAUUAUCUAUUUUUCACCACUUCACUGAAAGGCAUCAUUUACUUACCCAAAGCCAGGAAGUAGAAUUAAAUGUUUGACACAACUGGAAGUGUCUUUAAUUUUUGCCAGAAUGCUAUUGAAAAUAUGAAUAGCCUGACUUGUAGCACAUGCUUUCUUGCAACAUAGACAUACUAACAUGCUUGUGACAAUGAGUGUGCACCCAUCCUUGAAAAAAUGUUUGUCUUGUUUUGAAAUAAUAAAAGAUUCACCCGAGACCCAAA